CAGAAAGGGAAAAGCCCUUGGAGGCGAUACUUUCCACUCCAUCGCCCCCUCGAUAUAUCCGCCCUUCUUUCUUCUUCUUCUUCCUCCCCCCGCAUUUCCUCCUCCUUCGUCCUCCGUGAAUCGAUCCGAUCCAUUCCCUUCCCAUUGGGAUGUCGACCUUCUCCGCUGUCAAGAUCCUCUCCCCUCCUCUCUUCGCCGCCCGAUCCUCGUCUCCCUUCCUCGCCUCGCCCUUCGCUCCCCCUCUAUCCCGCUCCGGGCUCAGGUCGACUCGCCUCCCUCUCCCUCCCCUCGCCGUCUCAUCCGACGUCAUCAGCGGACAGAAUCCCAUCGCCUCCGAUUCCUCUACCUCACGCCAUGCGGAAGUGAGCCGCGAGGAAGCGCUGGUGCUUUACGAGGACAUGGUGUUGGGGCGCGUGUUGGAGGACAUGUGCGCGCAGAUGUACUACCGCGGCAAGAUGUUCGGUUUCGUCCACCUCUACAAUGGCCAGGAGGCCGUGUCCACUGGCUUCAUCAAGCUUCUUGAAGCCCGGGAUAGCGUGGUCAGCACCUAUAGAGACCACGUGCACGCGGUGAGCAAGGGCGUCCCUGCCCGUGCUGUCUUGGCGGAGCUCUUCGGCAAGACUACCGGCUGUUGCCGCGGGCAGGGCGGUUCGAUGCACAUGUUCUCGUCGACCCACAACCUCCUGGGUGGCUUCGCCUUCAUCGGAGAAGGCAUUCCGGUGGCAACUGGCGCCGCCUUCUCGUCAAAGUACCGCCAUGAGGUUCUCAAGGAGUCUAACCCCAAUGGUCUUGACGUUACCGUCGCCUUCUUUGGCGAUGGGACAUGCAAUAACGGCCAGUUCUUUGAAUGCCUUAACAUGGCGCAGCUAUGGAAGCUGCCCAUUGUGUUUGUUGUGGAGAAUAAUCUGUGGGCAAUAGGAAUGUCACACAUCAGAGCAACUUCGGAUCCAGAGAUCUGGAAGAAGGGCCCUGCAUUUGGUAUGCCUGGCCAUCAUGUAGAUGGAAUGGACGUAUUGAAGGUGCGGGAGGUAGCCAUGGAAGCAAUAGAAAGGGCAAGAAGGGGCGAUGGACCAACACUCGUCGAGUGUCAGACCUACCGCUUUAGGGGUCACUCACUCGCCGAUCCUGAUGAGCUCCGAAAGCCUGAUGAAAAAGCACAUUAUGCUGCCAGAGAUCCUAUCACGGCACUGAAGAAAUACAUUCUGGAAAAGAACCUGGCAACUGAAUGGGAGUUGAAAGCCAUUGUGACAAAAAUUGAUGAGGUUAUCGAAGACGCCGUGGAGUUUGCAGAUUCAAGUCCAUUUCCUCCGCGAAGCCAGCUCCUGGAAAACGUCUUUGCCGAUCCUAAGGGAUUUGGGAUAGGCCCGGAUGGGAAGUACAGGUGCGAGGACCCCAAGUUCACGGAAGGCACAGCGCAAGUUUAAAUUACAGGACCAGUAAGCCACCUGAAUCUUGGUUCACUUAUCUGAGAUUUUAACAAAUCCAUUACUCAAAUAUAAUUCUUCCCAGAGAACGAUGUUUUCCCGUGGCAGUUAUUAGCUCCAUCGUCAGCUAGAAUGUGAUUCGUUGUGUGUUGUAGAAGCAUAAUGCACGAAUUCAUGACAGUUUCGUUGUUCUCAUAAAUUAAAUACAACUGUUGAGCUGAUACGGUGUCGUUAUUCAAGUAGUUUGCAGGUGAACAUAUUGCAUUCAACUUAUUUGUUUAGACCA